CAAAUGCCAACUGCACAAAUGAAAUAGGAAGUUACAAUUGCUCAUGUCUUGAUGGAUUCACUGCAACAAACUCAAGUCUCUCCAUCAGUAUUAAUAACACAUGUAGAGAUGUGGAUGAAUGUGUUGAGAUACCAGACGUCUGUGGUCCAAACUCAAUCUGCAACAACACUGUUGGGAGUUACAAUUGCUCGUGCAUGAGUGGAUAUAAUGUAACAGACCCAAACCUCCCUAUAAACAGCAAUAACACAUGUGAAGAUAUAGAUGAAUGUCUGUUCAGUCCAUCUGUAUGUGGUCCAGAUUCCAACUGCACAAAUGAAAUGGGAAGUUACAAUUGCUCAUGUCUGGAUGGAUUCACUGCAACAAACUCAAGUCUAUCCAUCAGUAUUAAUAACACAUGUAGAGAUGUGGAUGAAUGUGUUGAGAUACCAGACGUCUGUGGUCCAAACUCAAUCUGCAACAACACUGUUGGGAGUCACAAUUGCUCGUGCAUGAGUGGAUAUAAUGUAACGGACCCAAACCUCCCUAUAAACAGCAAUAACACAUGUAAAGAUAUUCAUGAAUGUCUUGAUUCAGUAUCAGUGUGUGGACCGAACUCUCACUGUUACAAUUACAACGGAAGCUUCUCAUGCGUUUGUUGGGAAGGAUAUAACGUCUCAGAUGCAAAUAAAGAUGUUUCCAAAAGUAAUCCGUGCAUUGAUAUAAAUGAAUGUCUGUUCAAUGCAUCUGUUUGUGGUCCAAAUGCCAACUGCACAAAUGCAAAGGGAAGUUACAAUUGCUCAUGUUUGGAUGGAUUCACUGCAACAAACUCAAGUCUCCACAUCAGCAUCAAUAACACAUGUAGAGAUGUGGAUGAAUGUGUUGAGAUAUCAGGUGUCUGUGGUCCAAACUCAAUCUGCAACAACACUGUUGGGAGUCACAAUUGCUCGUGCAUGAGUGGAUAUAAUGUAACAUACCCAAACCUCCCUAUAAACAGCAAUAACACAUGCAAAGAUAUUCAUGAAUGUCUUGACUCAGUAUCAGUGUGUGGGCCAAACUCUCACUGUUACAAUUACAACGGAAGCUUCUCAUGCUUUUGUUGGGAUGGAUAUAAUGUCAGUGAUGGAAAUACAGCUAUUAGUCAAGGCAACCCAUGCACUGAUAUAAAUGAAUGUGUGUUCAGUUCAUCUGUUUGUGGUCCAAAUUCCAACUGCACAAAUGUAAUGGGAAGUUACAAUUGCUCAUGUGUGGGUGGAUUCACUGCCAACAAUUCAAGUCUCACCAUCAGCGUCAAUAACACAUGUAGAGAUGUGGAUGAAUGUGUUGAGAUAUCAGACGUCUGUGGUCCAAACUCAAUCUGCAACAACACUGUUGGGAGUCACAAUUGCUCGUGUAUGAGGGGAUAUAAUGUCACAGACGCAAACCUCCCUAUAAACAGCAAUAACACAUGUGAAGAUGUGGAUGAAUGUGUUGAGAUAUCAGACAUCUGUGGUCCAAACUCAAUUUGCAACAACACUGUUGGGAGUCACAAUUGCUUGUGCAAGAGUGGAUAUAAUGUAACAGACACAAACCUCCCUAUAAACAGCAAUAACACAUGUGAAGAUGUAGAUGAAUGUGUUAAGAUACCAGGUGUCUGUGGUCCAAACUCAAUCUGCAACAACACUGUUGGGAGUCACAAUUGCUCGUGCAAGAGUGGAUAUAAUGUCACAGACGCAAACACCCCUAUAAACAGCAAUAACACAUGUGAAGAUAUAAAUGAAUGUCUGUUCAGUUCAUCUGUAUGUGGCCCAAAUGCCAACUGCACAAAUGAAAAGGGAAGUUACAAUUGCUCAUGUCUGGAUGGAUUCACUGCAACAAACUCAAGUCUCCACAUCAGCAUCAAUAACACAUGUAGAGAUGUGGAUGAAUGUGUUAAGAUACCAGAUGUCUGUGGUCCAAACUCAAUCUGCAACAACACUGUUGGGAGUCACAAUUGCUCGUGCAAGAGUGGAUAUAAUGUAACAGACGCAAACCUCGCUAUAAACAGCAAUAACACAUGUGAAGAUGUAGAUGAAUGUGUUAAGAUACCAGGUGUCUGUGGUCCAAACUCAAUCUGCAACAACACUGUUGGGAGUCACAAUUGCUCGUGCAAGAGUGGAUAUAAUGUCACAGACGCAAACAUCCCUAUAAACAGCAAUAACACAUGUGAAGAUGUGGAUGAAUGUGUUAAGAUACCAGAUGUCUGUGGUCCAAACUCAAUCUGCAACAACACUGUUGGGAGUCACAAUUGCUCGUGCAAGAGUGGAUAUAAUGUAACAGACGCAAACCUCGCUAUAAACAGCAAUAACACAUGUGAAGAUGUAGAUGAAUGUGUUAAGAUACCAGGUGUCUGUGGUCCAAACUCAAUCUGCAACAACACUGUUGGGAGUCACAAUUGCUCGUGCAAGAGUGGAUAUAAUGUCACAGACGCAAACAUCCCUAUAAACAGCAAUAACACAUGUGAAGAUGUGAAUGAAUGUGUUAAGAUACCAGAUGUCUGUGGUCCAAACUCAAUCUGCAACAACACUGUUGGGAGUCACAAUUGCUCGUGCAAGAGUGGAUAUAAUGUAACAGACGCAAACCUCCCUAUAAACAGCAAUAACACAUGUGAAGAUGUAGAUGAAUGUGUUAAGAUACCAGGUGUCUGUGGUCCAAACUCAAUCUGCAACAACACUGUUGGGAGUCACAAUUGCUCGUGCAAGAGUGGAUAUAAUGUCACAGACGCAAACACCCCUAUAAACAGCAAUAACACAUGUGAAGGAAGUUACAAUUGCUCAUGUCUGGAUGGAUUCACUGCAACAAACUCAAGUCUCCACAUCAGCAUCAAUAACACAUGUAGAGAUAUAAAUGAAUGUCUGUUCAGUUCAUCUGUAUGUGGUCCAAAUGCCAACUGCACAAAUGAACAGGGAAGUUACAGUUGCUCAUGUCAAGGUGGAUUCACUGCAACAAACUUAAGUCUCCCCACCAGCAUCAAUAACACAUGUACAGUACCACCAGCAACAUUUGUACCUACACCUACACUUACAACAACAACAACAACAGCACCACCAACACCUACUACACUGUCUACAACAACCACUAUAGCUACAACAACCAAUACAACUACAACAACCAAUACAACUACAACACCUUCUCCAACAACCACUACAGCUACAACAACCAAUACAACUACAACACCUUCUCCAACAACCACUACAGCUACAACAACCAAUACAACUACAACACCUUCUCCAACAACCACUACAGCUACAACAACCAAUACAACUACAACACCUUCUCCAACAACCACUACAGCUACAACAACCAAUACAACUACAACACCUUCUCCAACAACCACUACAGCUACAACAACCAAUACAACUACAACACCUACUCCAACAACCACUCCAACACCUUCUCCAACAACCACUACAGCUACAACAACCAAUACAACUACAACACCUUCUCCAACAACUACUACAACUACAACAACCAAUACAACUACAACACCUUCUCCAACAACCACUACAACUACAACACCUUCUCCAACAACCACUACAGCUACAACAACCAAUACAACUACAACAACUUCUCCAACAACCACUACAACUACAAUACCUACUAUAACUACAAAAGCAGUUACAACCAUAACACUACCACCAACAGCAGCUGUAACAACACCUGCAAUAGUACCACCAACAGCAGCUGUAGCAACACCUGCACCUGCAAUAGUACCACCAACAGAAGCUGUUCUUCAAAUGUCAAUGAGAAUAGAAGACAUUUUUGAUACCAGUCUCAGCAACCCAAAUAAUGAGAAGUUCAUACUCUAUGCCAGUAAAAUUGAGUCAGCAAUUGAAGAAAGUUACAAAAAUGUGCCUGCCUACAUAAAAGGUUCAGUAAGUGUCACUCGAUUUAGGCCUGGUAGCAUUAUAGCAGACUAUGAAUUUAAAUCAACAACCAGCAGCCCCAACAGCCCAGCAUUUGUAGCAGCAAACACACAGCUCAUCAGCGCUCUCAAAGCUAAAGGAAUCGAUGUAGCUCCGGAUACUUUUGCUCAAAGUGAGCAAAAGAACCUGUCUACUGCAGAAAAAUGGUAUCCUGAGCAAAAUAUGGUGCUGAAAUGCGAACGCCCAGAGUCUGUUGCGGGUGAAAUGAGAUGGACAGUGAAUGGCCAAGAUCCUACAUUAAACAAAGUUAAAUACAUCAUUUCAGAUAACAGUAGCACUCUAACUGUGAUCAACGUCAACGAGCGUGACAAAGGUCGAUACAUGUGUAUCAUAGACAGGACAAUACCUUACAUUCAGUGGCAAGAUAUAGUUAUUGAACCACUUCCUAAUAUCAUAGUGGGUGAAAAUGAAAGAAAGUUCCAGUGUGUACCCCAGACUGUUUCACUGAAAUGCUGUGAAGAAAAGAACCGUGUGGAGUGGACCCAGACAACUUCUGAUGAUGAAGUGACUUCAGAGGAUGGAUGCAUCACAUUAAAACAUACAAUCAAAAGUGGAAAUUGUGGAAGUAAAUCCUUUACCUGUCGACUCACGAACCCGGUGCUUCAAGGUUUCACCUACACCAGUAAAAGUGUUACUGUUAACAAAGUCAAUGAAGAGUUUACCUGUAAGGAUGGAACACUUGGGGAUGGAAAGGAAGGUGAUACUUUGACAGGACCUUGUAAAAAAGGCAAGGAAGGCAUCAUAAAAUAUAGAUGUAGAUCAGGUGAAUGGGAGUCUGACGAGUCAAACUGUGUACUUCAAGUUAUCAAAGACCUUGAAAAGGAAGUUAAGGUCUUGGAUGCGCAGGACAUACCAGUGUUUGUUGCUGAGCUUAGUAAUGCUACAGAGAAGAAUGAUAAAGAAAUAACACAGUCUUCUGUGACUGUCCAAACCAUUGUUGGAAUACUUAAAAAAGUUGCUGAUGUUUCACAAAACAUUACCAUCAAUCAGCCUGUGAUGGAGGAUUUCCUUAAAACAGUGGAUAUCCUUGUUUCGACAUCAGCCAUUGAUACAUGGAAAAAAUUGAACAAUGACAACAGGACAGAUGACACCAGCACAGCACUUCUUAGCGCUAUUGAGAUUAUUAGUAGCCGUCUCACAAAUUCCAGUUUUAGGAUUAUUGAAAAAUCAAUUGAGUUAAAUAGAAAUGUAACAACCAGCACCUCAUAUAGUGAAAUAUCAAACCUGCCAAACUCAACUACUGAGAUUCAGAUACCAGAGAUUCCUGUAUCCACUCUUAUAACUGUCAUAGUCUUCACAAGUCUUGACAAUGUCCUACCUACUCGAGAUACUAGUACCAGUAGUACUAAUGACACUAGCAAAUCAAAUGUGCGCAUCAAUGGAGAUGUGGUUGUUGUUCAGGUUGACAACAAUGUAAUUAACAACAUAUCUUUUGCGUUUGACAUUACUGAUCAGUCUUUGGGAAAUCCUCAGUGUGUCUUUUGGAACUUUAAUCUUGACGCAUGGGAUUCCACUGGAUGUGAAGUAAAACCCUAUAUAAGUGAAGGGAAUGAAACUGGCAAGAUUACAUGUGAAUGCAACCACACAACCUCUUUUUCAAUCCUAAUGUCACCAUUUUCCCCUAAAAUCGACGCCUUAGAAUAUAUAACUUACAUUGGUGUAUCGAUUUCAAUGGCCAGCUUGAUUUUGUGCCUCAUUAUUGAGAUCAUCGUGUGGAAGUCAAUGACAAGAAAUGACACAUCCUAUAUGCGACAUGUCUCUAUAGUCAACAUUGCCGUGUCCCUGCUAAUUGCAAAUAUCUGUUUUAUCAUUGGAGCUGCAAUCGCAAAAUACGAGCAGCCACCCUCAGCAAAUAGCUGCAGUCCAGUGGUUUUCUUCAUGCACUUUUUUUACCUGGCUCUUUUCUUCUGGAUGUUAAUGUCAGCGCUGUUGCUCUUUUACCGUACAGUCAUGGUCUUGUCUCAAAUGUCAAGGGCCAAAAUGAUGGUCAUUGCCUUCACGGUCGGUUAUGGUGCACCUUUGCUCAUAGCGGUCAUCACUGUUGCAUCAACAGCUGGACCUCAAAAUUAUAUUUCCAAAAGAAAUGCAUGCUGGCUGAACUGGUUUGAAUCAAAGGCCCUGCUGGCAUUUGUGAUUCCAGCUCUCACUAUUGUAGCCAUAAACCUUGUGGUUUUGAUUGUGGUUCUGUACAAGAUGUUGAGGAGAGGAGUUGGUGCUGCAACUCAACCAGAUGAGAAACAUGCUCUGGUGGUCAUUGCCAGAUGUGUGGCCAUUUUGACUCCUAUCUUUGGUCUAACAUGGGGAUUUGGUAUUGGAACCAUGGUGUCACCGAAUAAAGGCAUUCAUGUGGUGUUUGCACUCCUCAAUUCACUGCAGGGAUUCUUUAUUUUGGUGUUUGGAACGCUUUUGGACAGCAAGAUCCGUGAGGCUCUGGCAGGAAGGCUGUCUCUAAGGAACCUUACCAGCUCUAACCAAACCAGGAGUACUAGUGCAGGACCAUCAUCUUCAAGCGGACUGGGUUUCUUUCAAAGGAUGCGGAGAAGAAAUGUGUACAACGUAUCUGAAGCCAGCGCUUUAUCAGCAGCUACAUCUUCACACAGCUCCAGUGGCUCAGAUACUUUUGUGAAUGCAUAAUCAGCUACUUAAUUAACUAUAGCCAAAUUUAUUAAAUGUUAAACAGCCUUUUCCAGACAAGUUUUCUACAUUGCUAGUAUAUGUAAACUGCACUAUCAGUUACUUAUUUCUGGGAAGAAGUGUUUCUAUGUUCUGAUAUAUUAAUAUAAAAAUGGCUUACAAUCUACAGAUCUAAUAUUAAAUUAAGGAUACAUUUUAAUAUCAUGAUGCAGUUGGCAUGAUUGCAUACACUUUCAUUUAAAACAGAAAUAUUAUAUCAGUAAUAAAGGUCUGGAGAAAUAUC